AUGGCUCAUUUUACUAUCACUACCUUCCUCGCCACCACGGCCACUGCUGUUGCGCCCUUUCUGAUUGUCUACAACAUGCCUCAAAAGAAAACACAGCUGUCCACCUUGUCAUCUCUCCCAAAGCCGCGCCCUCUCGCCGCUCUCCGCGACUCGCGAGAGCAAUCGAAAGUCGGCUCUGAGUUCAGCCUCAUUUAG